ACUUGGCAUUACUGCUUACGUAGGUAAAUAAAAUUGCUGCUUCUAUCGUCUGAUAAAAUUCAGUAAAAAUACUAGAGGAUUAACAUUAUAUGCCUUUAUAAUGAGCAAUAAACGAUUAAUCACUUAAAAUCGCACCAUCGAUUAGUUUAGUGGGUACAAUAACUUAUGAAAAAUACGAUAAUUUUACGACUAUGUACGACACCGAGUGACCGUACCAACCAACCAUUGAGUAGUUCACGUGUAAUAACAAGAAGUGGUUGUAGUGGAGGGGACUGUGAGGAAUAUAUUGUUCCCUAUGACACUAAUUAUUCCUGGAUCAUUCAAGACACCAAGAUGGCACUCGAAGAUUACUUAGAGGAGGCUAGAAAACUUGCUGCUUUACCAGAGUCUUGUAUUAAGAAGGUGGAGAGUCAACUUACGUUACUUGUACAUCCCAUGCAUUACCAAAACCUUAAGAAAGGCGUAUUUGAGGAGUUGAAUGCCUUAAAGAAGCGCUACUCUAAAGUGCUUGGUGGAAUUGCCAUGGCAUAUGAAGAUGUGCAGGUUGUGUCGUCUAAUGGUUGGCUGUUUGAUACUAAUCCUUUCAACCACAUCAUCAUUCGUGCCCAAUUUUACAUCUUUGCUCCAGAAAUAGGCAGUAUAUUAGAAGGUGUUGUGAAGAAGAAGACUGUGAACCACAUUGGCUGCCUGGUUCAUGGGAUGUUCAAUGUGUCAGUACCGAGACCCAUGGAUACUUCUGUUGACUCUUGGUGCGGUACUUACGUUGAAGAAGAAGAUGGUGUUAAGCUCACUAUCACUUAUGUUAGCAUGACAAACUUCAUGCCAUACAUCAAGGCAGAACUCCACCCUGAACAGGUGCAGGAGCUGCUAAACUCAAAAAGCCAGGAUGAUACUCCACAACAGAAUACUAAAAUUAUCUUUGAUGAUGACAGUGGUAUUAGUAGCAGUGACCUUGAGUUGCAGAUGGAAAAUGAGAAAAAAGAAGAAAAACAAGGCAGCAUCCCUGAACAAAGUAAAGAAGAUAACAAGAAGGAUAAAGGAAAAAAUAUGCAAAAAGUAAAAGUAAAAGGCAAAAAGAGAAAAAGGCCAGAAGAGAAUGAUGAUGAAAGUCAGGGAGAGGAAUUGCUGGAUGUUAAGAAAAAGAAAAAGAAAAGAAAAGAAUAUGACAUUGAAGAAGACAUUAUUGAUUUGAUUACUGACAGCAUGAAAGGCAAUAAAAGUAGUUCUAAAAAAAAUAAAAAGAGAAAAUGUCAUAGUGUGGGUGAAAAUAAUGAGAGUUCAGACUUGAAAUUUGGGAUUGAAGAAGAACAGAACAACAGAGAAAAUGUGAAACAUGAUGGUGAGGAAAUGUAUAUGCCUUCUAUAUCAAUGGUGGAUAAGGGUAGUGUAAAGAAAUCAAGGGCUAGCAGUAAAAUUCUUAAGAAGAAAACAAAAUCUCAAAAGUUGGAUGAGAGUAACACAAAUUUAAUGUCAAGUAAAAAGUCAGAGAGUCUAAAGGAGACUGAAUUUGAUUCAAUAAGUAAUCCUAAAAAAUUAAAGGCCAGGCAUACAUCUACUAAGCAGAGAGGGAAAUCUACCAAUAAAUUCUUAUCUGAAGAGUUGGAAGAGAACCGUACAUCGAUUCCAAAAAUUAGCUCAAAGUCACCCACAAAGAAACGGCCAUCUUCAGGGAAAUCUAAAAAACACAAAGCAGAAACAUCACCAGAAAGCAGGAAGAGUGGGAAAAAAAAGAAGACAUGAAUAAAUAUACUGUACUGUAGUUAGUAAAUAAUUGACAUUAUUUUAACUUAAUAUUUGUUGAAAGUUUAUUUCAAUAUCUUGCUAAUAUUGUUUUUUUUGUGUUAAAAUGAAUUUCUGACACCAAAAGUUGGUGCUAUAGAAUUAAAGGUUAUAAAUUGGAUCCUAUAAUAUAAUUUAUAAAAUCAUCUUAUUUGUUUACGUCUUAUAAAAUACAAGAAAGUCCAGAGUUACAACAGGGAUGUGUCCAUCAAUUUACAAUCCCAAGUUGACUCAUUGUAUCUUGGAGCCUUAUUGUCCAUUCACCUGAUGCUAUAAAUUGAAGAUGCAUUCCUGCAUUCCCCCAAAAAAGUAAUAGCAAUAUACUGUACCAUUAAUUUAUAACAAACUAAUAUUAAUAGAAUUUUUAAAAGAAGGCAGUCAGUGGCACGGUAGCAAAUGGCUUGACAGUAACAGCACCAUGAUACACCGACCUUAUCAACAGGUGUGUAGAUUGCAUUUUGGAGGAAAUUUUUUUUUAUUAAAUUUUUGAAAUCUU